AUGUCGCGACGGGUGAAACGAAACAAGAAAGCCGGACCGUCGGUGGAGGACGAGGAAGACAUUUGGGAGUUCCUUCAUGAAAAUUUGUGCAGAACGGAAGCCUUCGGCGAUGCGACCGAUGCACUUUUCGAGAAGUUUCUGAGGGAAAAUCCAGCGAAACAAUGGCAAGUGAAGGAACUUGUUGAAUAUUUCAACGAAACGAUGCUCGCAGCGCUCUACAAGUGUCAAUUGCUGCCGGAGAAGAUUCUAGAGCUCUACAAGAAGCUAGAAAUUAAGAUUUCGGAGCAUGUGGAGCGCGUGCUAGAGGCGAAAUGUGGAGCGACGAUUCGUCUGGAUUCCGACAGAUGUAUACACUCGUAUCAGAUCUUUGCUGCGCAAAAUCCGACAACUACAUACUCGCGACCUGAAGUUCCAAGAGCAGAAGUGCCAAGAGCAGAAGUGCCAAGACCAGAAAUUCCGAGACCAGAACCCACGAUUCCACACGAUAUGAGUGUUCCAGAAGAGUUUGAAGCCAAAAUGUUCGAUCACAUCUUCUCAAAUUUUACUCAUCUCACAAAACCCCUUCUGAUGUCUGCUUCUUUCUGGGAUCGGUUGAUCGCCGAAGAGCAAGACCCUUCAAUUCGAUCAGCGAAGCUUCUCAUCCACCAUUUCUCUACAAAAAUGCUUCCGAACCUCUAUCAUCAGAUUGCGGACGCUCAUUCGAAGCUAUGGAUCUAUCAAAUGAUGGAAUGGCAGUUAGAUCCUGCGCAACGCAGAUGGUUUGAAGAAAAGGAGAAGAUGGAGCUUGUGAUGAAUGUCGAUGGGAGUUUGAAGAGUUGGAAGAGGACGGAAUGGCCAGUGAAGACUGCUCCAGCACCGUCUGCCCCCGCUGUGAGAAGUCUAGCAACUUGGGUGCCGAGGAAUACUCAAGGAGCUGGUCCGAAUGUCCCUUCUACAUCAAGAUCUGUUCCAGCACCUCGACCGAUCAGUCCUGACAGCCUGCCACGUCAUCGAAAUGUGAAAGUUGAAGAACUAGAUGAUAACUACGAAGAAGACGAUAGCAAGCAUUUCCCUCGAAUUUACUCAAUAAGUGGAGUCAAAACGCGCGGAGCCUUCACGCUCGAAGACAAAAUGAAUGGAUGGAAGUAUGUUUUGAAGAGGAUGAAGAGAGCUGUGAGAAACGGAGAGGAUUCUGUGCUACCAAAAGGACUCAAAUUUUGGAGGGAUUAUGUAAGAGAGACGAAUUCGCGAAGAUCGGCUGAUAAUUGGUGCUCACAUUUCCGAAAGUACAUGGCCCCUGCUCUUCACGAAAUGCCCAUAAACCGAGGGAACAUGCUAUUCCUGUACAAAUACAUAGAGAUCAAAGUGGAUGAUCGGCUACACAAACUACUCGAGCGUAAAUGUGAUGCGAAAGUGCAAGUGGCUAACGAGCAAGUCUACUCGUUCAAGCUUUUGAAUCGAGAUGAAGAGGGAGAAGAGGAGCAAGCCGCUGUGGCAUCAGAAGGCGACGAAGAUCCAGAAGAGGAGGAGCCAAAUCCAGCUGAUGUCAGAAUUGACGAAGAAUCUGAUAGCGAAGAGGAGGAGGUGGAGACGAUUGAUUAUGACACUACGCUCCCGAUGGCCCAAGAAGACGAUCCACAUGAAGUCACAAUUCAGCCGUUAGGAGAUUCGAUAGAUCAGGAGCAUCAGCCGGAAGAGGCACCAGAAGACGUCGCGAUGAUUCCGCUUCCCGAAGAGCAACGAGCUCAAGAUUUUCGUACGCCAGAGCCUUCCCAAGCAGCGGGAAACUUGGAAGCCGAUUCUUCACGGUUGGGAUCUUCCAGAAGAAGAUCUAUAAGGAAAUCGGUGUCAAUACGUGCAAAACCGACAUGUUCAGUGAGAAAAUCGAGUCGAAAGAGAAGCUUGUCGAAUCCGGAGAGAGUAGAGGUUGAAGAAGACGAGAGAUCUGUAUCGCCAGUUGUAACCAGACGAUCGCUCCGAAAUUCUGAUCAAAGGACUCCGAAAAAAUCAACGGUAAGAAUUCCGCAAGUACGGCAGAUUUGUGAGUCAGAAGAGGUGGAGGAGGAGGAGGAGCCAGAACACGAAUUUAUGGCCCCGGAAUUCGAUGGAAACCUGGAGUCACUCGAGAUCACGGACUCAGUUAUCCCGGACUCGGUUGCUCCGAACUCAGUUCCCAUUGAUUUCGUAGAACAAUCAGGCGACAUUUUCGAGCCAUCCACCACACCGAUUCAACUCUUAGAAGACGUUCCCUCUUCGUCAGGAGAGCCAAAAGUGUUGGAUCUGAAAAAGGUGUUGCCUGGAAACGAAUUCAUGGAGAUUUCGACUCUGCUCCAGCUUGUUCAGAUGACGUUGGACGAGAAUUGUAGCGACGACGCCAUUCUGCAGAUGCCAGAGGCUAUUCUGGAGGCGUUCCAUCGCGAGAAUUGGGAUAUGGACGGCACACCGAGCGCAUCCGCCUACGCAUCGGCUGAGAUGGUGGUUCGUGAGAAUACGGAUGGAGAAAUGCGAAGAUCGCUGUUGAAAAAUAUGGACUCACUCAUGAGGAAGACCUCUGCAAAUGUCGAAAAUCGUCUUGUAUUCGAGAAGCGAAAAGAAGCCGUGACUAAGGCUCUGAAAAAAUGUGCCGACGAAGAGCGAGCUUCGACGUCAUCUAAAAAAUAA